AUGACUUCGAACUGCACACUCUCAAAUCAUAUCGGAACCGUUAACUUAGGGUUAAAUGAUUCCGAACUCGAAAGGUUCGCCGAAGUCGGUAACGAACUCGCCGACGCCGCUGGUGAAGUGAUUCGCAAGUAUUUCCGGAAAAGCUUCGACAUUGUUGACAAAGAAGAUUUGAGUCCAGUGACGAUUGCUGAUCAAGCAGCAGAGGAAUCUAUGGUUUCGAUUAUACAAAAAAGUUUUCCUUCUCAUGCAAUCUACGGAGAGGAAAAUGGUUGGAGGUGUGAAGAGAAGUUUGCAGAAUAUGUUUGGGUAUUAGAUCCAAUAGAUGGGACAAAGAGCUUUAUUACUGGGAAGCCCUUGUUUGGCACUCUCAUAGCUCUGUUGCACAAAGGCAAGCUGAUUCUUGGCAUAAUUGAUCAACCUGUUUUAAGAGAAAGAUGGAUUGGGAUAAGUGGGAGGAGAACUACGUUGAAUGGACAAGAAGUUGCCACACGCAAUUGUGCAAAACUUUCGCAGGCCUAUCUGUAUGUUUUUCUUUUUCUAUAA